UUGGUUCAGUUCAGUUGUGUUUAUUUCGGUUUGAUUUUUUUUUCCACUCAAGAAUUCCCCCAAAUCUGAAGGUCACUGUGUACUGUAAUGCCAUCGCCGCUGGAGGUGUCGAGGAGUGGGAUUUCGGGUGGCAGAUGUUCAAGAACAGUACCAUUGCUGCAGAGGCAGAGAAACUGUUAUAUGGUCUAUCAUGCUCUAAAGAGCCCUGGCUGUUAAACAGGUACCUGGAAUACUCAAUAGAUCCAAACCUGAUCAGGAAGCAGGACAUUACCUACGCCAUUGUGUAUAUUGCAGACAAUGUAAUAGGGCAGCCGUUGGUUUGGGACUUUGUCAGAGCAAACUGGGAGCAUAUAACUAAGGAUUUUGAUGAUGGAUCCUUCUUUUCUGGAGGUCUGAUUAACGGCAUCACAAAAAAGUUUUCCACAGAAUUUGAACUGCAACAG